GAAUAAGGGAUUUCGCAUGAUGAACGUAUUAGACAGAGUGGCGCCAGAGAGAUGUGGUGUUUUAAGCGCUGCGUAGAACAGGCGGAACGACUUGGUCCGUUCUGACUAGUAGUGCCGGCAGCGGAGACCUCUCCAGGCCAGCCUCCUUGCCUUACCUAAAAUGAACAUAAAUAAGGAGAUUGAUGAAGUAGGGGUACAUCGAUCAGAUGGACAGGAAAACUCCAGCUUCCGUUCUCUUCCUGAUGUUCGUGUUCCUAUUUUCUUAUAUUCAUGGGAACCUGGAAGGCGAUGCUUUGCAUAAGCUACGCUCUAGUGUAAGUGAUCCUAAUAAUGCGCUACAAAGUUGGGACUCAACCCUUCCCAAUCCAUGCACAUGGCACAAUAUUACAUGUAACGUAGAUGACAGUGUUGUAAGAGUUGAUCUAGGAAAUGCAGGCUUAUCUGGUCAACUAGUCCCGGAACUUGGCCUACUUGAAGAUUUGCAAUACUUGGAACUUUAUAAUAACAAUAUAAGUGGGACGAUUCCUAGUGAGCUUGGAAAUCUGACCAACCUGGUGAGCUUAGAUCUCUAUUUAAACAAUUUCACUGGUUCCAUACCUGACACGUUGGGCAACCUAAAGAAGCUGCGUUUCCUCCGGCUUAACAACAACAGCUUGUCAGGUCAUAUUCCUAUGUCUUUAACAACUAUCAGUACGCUGAAAGUUCUGGACCUAUCCGGCAAUAAGUUGUCAGGAGAAGUUCCAUCAAAUGGCUCCUUCUCACAAUUCACACCAUCUGCCUUCUCACAAUUCACACCACCUGUCAGUUCUGCUUAUAAAAAACAGCUAUGUGGAAUGAUUACUUUCGCAGUUUUGCUACUAACAAACAGCUACGUGGACCGCUUACUGGAAAACCUUUUCUCCACCUCUACCAUCUGGAAAAGUUCGUAACAUUUAUUGGAUAGGAACCUCGGUUGACCGUCUAAAUUUCUAUGUGCUCCAUCUAAAUCAGAUGAUUACUAUCAUUUUUUCAGCUCGAUUUGUGUAUGUUCCAUCCACAACAAGGUUGGCAAUUUGAAUAUUCUGGGUUGUCAGAAAAUGAUGUUAUGCAUA